AGGAGAAUGUCAACAUUCGCGACAGCACCCACCCACAAUCGCAGGAGUGUCAGGCUCGUCAGUCCAGCUGUCGACGGAAUCUCAUCCUGAAGCAGAAAUUCGCGUGUUUCAGUCUCAUCUUUCGCGAUCUCCACUCCGCUUCUAGUUGCUCCGUGUUAGGACGAAAAUAAAAAGCAAACGAUUCGACGGACAGCUUCCCCCGAGGACCAUUACCUAGUUUCAGGGUGCCAGCAGGACAAACGCAAGGAAGAUGAUGCUCGCUACAGUUGCCGUGCGCGGAUUGACCCGCCGUUCAUUUUCGACCUCGAAAGUCCUUUCCUCUCAGCAGCUGACCGUCCGCGAUGCCCUCAACUCAGCCUUGGACGAGGAGAUGGAACGGGACGAGCGGGUGUUUCUGCUCGGCGAAGAAGUGGCCCAGUACGACGGUGCCUACAAGGUAUCACGUGGUCUGUGGAAGAAGUAUGGGGACAAGCGAGUGAUCGACACGCCCAUCACUGAGAUGGGAUUCGCCGGUAUUGCCGUUGGCGCUGCCUUCGCCGGCUUACGUCCGGUGUGCGAGUUUAUGACCUUCAAUUUCUCCAUGCAGGCCAUUGAUCAUGUCAUUAACUCGGCAGCGAAAACUUUCUACAUGUCUGCCGGUACCGUAAACGUUCCGAUCGUUUUCCGUGGCCCGAACGGUGCCGCUGCCGGCGUAGGAGCUCAGCAUUCCCAGUGCUUCGGCGCAUGGUACUCACACUGCCCGGGACUCAAAGUUAUUUCGCCGUACGACAGCGAAGAUGCCAAAGGACUGCUCAAGGCUGCCAUUCGUGAUCCAGAUCCAGUGGUGUGUUUGGAGAACGAAAUGCUCUACGGUGUCGGAUACCCAGUGUCUGAUCAAGUAUUGGACAAGGAAUUCAUCCUUCCCAUCGGAAAAGCCAAAGUCAUGCGACCAGGAAAGCACAUUACCUUGGUGGCACACUCGAAAGCCGUGGAAAAUGCCCUUCAGGCGGCGAACGAGCUGGCGGGCAAAGGUAUCGAGUGCGAGGUAAUCAAUCUACGUUCACUGCGCCCGCUGGACACUGAGACGAUAUUUAAGUCCGUGCAGAAGACUCACCACCUAGUAACAGUUGAGCAGGGUUGGCCGCAAAGCGGAAUUGGAUCUGAGAUUUGCGCGAGAAUUAUGGAACAUGAAACAUUCUUCCAUCUGGAUGCACCGGUAUGGCGUGUAACAGGAGUGGACGUCCCGAUGCCUUAUGCCAAAUCGCUGGAGAUUGCGGCACUGCCACAGACUGCCGAUGUGGUCACUGCAGUUAAUAAAGUGUUAAAUGUUAAGUAAACUUGAUGGUGGGGGGAUCGAUCGAAAAAACCACUAAUGAGUUACUACGCCGUACCAAGUCACAAGAGGUCCGCUCUGUAAUCGUGUCACCCGGGACCUCAGUUUCAGUGCACAGUGACAUGAAGAGUGAGGGUUUCAAAGACGUUUCGCUAGGUUUGAAUGAUUUCGUUUUAGUUGAUUGGGUUUUUCUAUCAUUUAUAUUUAUUUAGGUGCGUCAAAAUCAAAACGUUCGAUCGGAUGGCUGAAUAUAUUGUAGGAUUCUAAAGUAUUCUCCUUUCUAAAGGCGUCGUGCGAUUCUCUGUUAUGCGCAACUCAAAUAAACUAAAACUUUUUACAAAUCGGAUUUACUUUGAAAUUGUUAAUUUUAUUUAUUAAUCGAUUGGACUGUCUCAUUAGAUUUCUGUAUGUCAUCGUUUUAUCAGAAGGAGACAGCUGGUAGACUAGCGCCGCGCUACACAGGAAACAUAAAAUAUUGUGCUUACCGAAUGUCAGGAUAUUAAAUAAUUACGUAGUUGAUAGUUGAAUGUACAUAGAAAUGAACAAAACAACGAUAUUGUUAUUAGGAAGAAAACAAACAAAACAAACAAAUCAGCCAUUUCACCAACCAGAUAACCCCAUAGUAAAACUACACCCACUGAUAGUUGUCCAUUUUCCCGAUUGUUUCCUUAGCAAAAUACGAUUCGCUCACGUUAUCUGCGAUGACAUUUGGGAGACAUUGCCAACACGAAAUAAUACAAUUUUGAAAACAAAUAA